GGCAGAGUCGUAAAUCCCUAAAAAUGAAUCGCUUCCCGUUACCGUAGCUCGCAGUAAUUAAUUGAGGGGUUAAAUUAUAUGUUCUCUGUAAAAAUACUACUAGUAUUUUUUUAUUUUUUAUUUUUAAUUUCCGUUGUUUUAACGAAAGAUUAGGCAAGUAGGUAAAAGUAACAGAAAGGGGGAAAAAUUAGAGAGAGAAAAAAGGGAGGGAAAAUAAAGGAAGAAGAAGAAGAUUGGUUUUCGUCUUCACUGAAAACAAGUCUUGUGUGAGGUUCCGGAAUCCCCCCAAAUCACCGUUUCUGAAAAACGCUUUUCUUGAAAGUUCCUCUACUCCGCGCCGGGAGCGUCCUUCAGCAUUCUUGUCGCGUGCUUUAUCCAUUUCUUCUUGCUUCUCCCUGCUAGGGUUUCGCCAAAUCUCUAAUCAGAUCUAUAAAUAAUUACAUAAUCGUAAUGGAGAUGGAGGAAGACGUCAAGGAGAUGAAACCUUCCACUCCUCCCAGAGUUUCCACUGCCUCUACUUCUUCUUCUUCCAAUCCUCCGGUAAAAGAAGAAGAAAUUGAUGGUAUCGAGGCUCGAUUUAAUGAUUUCUGCAAGAGCACGUUGUCAAUGGAGGAUGAUUGCACAAAGAGCGAAGCCCUCAAGUUAUUCAGAGAAAGCAAGCAUCUUUUGUUAAGCAGUGCUUCCAAUAUUGGGACUGGUCUUCUUGAAGAAGCUGAACGAUACUGGUUUGCCUUUGUACUUUUCUCUGUUAAGAGGUUGAGUUCGAGGGAAGCACCACAUAAUUCCAGUGAAAAUAACAAUACCUUCACUUUGUGUCACAUAUUAAGACUGGCCAAGCUCAACUUUGUUGAUUUUUUCAAAGAACUUUCUCAGUUUAUUCUUAAAGUUGGGCCUAUUUUAGCUAAUGUAUACGGAGUGGAUUGGGAGAAAAAGUUCAAGGCAAAGGAAUUGCAGGCAAACUUUGUACACUUGCAAGUAUUGAGCAAGUUCUACAAGCGAGCCUUCCGAGAAUUGUUCGAGACAAAUGAUGUCAGUGACAAGGACUCUGCCGUCACCAAUCCGCUGGACUGCACGGACUAUCAUCGUUUUGGGUGGCUGCUGUUUCUUGCACUUCGUGUCCAUGUGUUCGGCCCUGUUAAGACUGUGGUGACCGAUACCACUGGUUUAGUAUCGAUAUUGGCGAUUCUGAUCACACACGUUCCUAUUCGCUUCCGGAAGUUCAGUAUCAAUGAUUCCUCACGCUUUGUUAGGAAAGGUGAUAAGGUAGAUAUAAUUGCAUCGCUCUGCAAAUCAUAUGAGACGUCAGAAGUUGAGUUGAAGACAACCUUGGAGAAAACAAAUCAGCUUAUAGUUCAGCUGCUGAAGAUGAAGUCUCAACCAGCAUCAGAGUGCAAAAAGGAAUCUCUGGACAAUAUUGAUACAGAUGGGUUGGUCUAUUUUGAUGAUCUUAUGGAAGAGCCGUCCCUAUCUUCUUGUCUGAGAAUACUAGAAAAAGAUCAUGAUGAUGCACUUCAUGAUAAAGUUGAAAUCGAUGAAAGAAUUUUUGUUAAAGAAGAGGAUAGCUUGCUUGGGUCUGGGAGUUUGUCUGGCGGCGCAGUUAAUUUGAGUGGUGGCGCAGUUAAUUUGAGUGGUAGCAAGAGGAAGAUUGAUAUGAUGGCAUCACCAGCAAAAACAAUCACAAGCCCACUGUCUCCUUUCCGUUCUCCUUCUGCAUCUCAUACGAAUGCUACUGCUGGAGGUGGCAGUCAAAGGAUGGCAGCUACUCCCGUAAGCACCGCGAUGACUACUGCAAAAUGGCUUCGUGCGGUCAUAGCUCCACUUCCAUCAAAACCGUCUCCGGAGCUGGAGAAGUUUCUUUCAUCUUGUGACAGAGAUGUAACUGGUGAUGUUGUCAGGAGAGCGCAGAUAAUACUGGAGGCUAUAUUUCCAAGUUAUGGUCCAGGAGAAUAUGCUUCUGCUGGAGGGCCUCAAAUGACAAGCUUGAUGGAUAAUGUAUGGGCGGAGCAUCGCAGGAUUGAGGCUCUGAAAUUGUACUACCGGGUCCUGCUUGCUAUGUGUGUGGCAGAGUCUCAAAUUCUGCAUGCAAACAACUUGACCUCUUUGCUAACCAAUGAGAGGUUCCACAGGUGUAUGCUUGCUUGUUCUGCAGAGUUAGUCCUUGCUACACAUAAGACAGCAACAAUGUUAUUUCCAGCAGUUUUGGAAAGAACUGGUAUUACAGCUUUUGAUCUUAGCAAGGUGAUAGAGAGUUUUAUUAGACAUGAAGAAAGUCUCCCUAGGGAGUUAAGAAGGCAUCUAAAUUCCUUGGAAGAGCGACUUUUGGAAAGUAUGGUAUGGGAGAAGGGCUCUUCUAUGUACAACUCCCUGACCGUUGCAAGACCAGCUCUUUCUGCAGAAAUAAACCGACUUGGAUUAUUGGCAGAGCCAAUGCCAUCUUUGGAUGCAAUUGCAAUGCACAUUAAUAUGUCCUCUGUUUCAUCAAUACCGAAGAAUGAAACUGUCCCUGGUGCACCUGUUCUGAAUGGAGAUAUCCGUUCACCUAAAAGACUCUGCACUGAGCUUCGUAGUGUGCUGGUAGAACGAAAUUCCUUCACUUCACCCGUGAAAGAUCGGCUAAUGGCCCUUAACAAUCUGAAAUCAAAGUUUCCAUCUCCAGCUUUGCAGUCUGCAUUUGCCAGCCCUACGCGGCCAAAUCCUGGUGGUGGAGGGGAAACUUGUGCAGAGACAGCAAUCAGUGUAUUCUUUGGAAAGAUUGUAAAGUUAGCGGCUGUCAGAAUUAAUGGUAUGGUGGAGAGACUUCAGCUGUCUCAGCAGAUCAGGGAGACUGUUUAUUGUUUCUUUCAGAAAAUUCUUAGCCAGCAGACGUCCCUUUUCUUUAACCGCCACAUCGACCAAAUUAUCCUCUGUUGUUUCUAUGGAGUUGCUAAGAUUUCAAAUCUCAACAUUACCUUUAAGGAAAUCGUAUUCAACUAUAGAAAACAACCACAUUGCAAGCCACAAGUCUUCCGCGGUGUUUUUAUUGACUGGUCAACAACGCGCCGCACUGGGAAAACUGGGCAAGAUCAUGUUGACAUCAUUACAUUUUACAAUGAAGUAUUUGUUCCUUCUGUUAAACCUCUUCUAGUAGAGCUCUCCCCAGCUGGAGCAGUUCAUACAGAUAACCACAGUGCUACAGCUACUAAUGAUAAUGAUGGUCAAUGCCCUACUUCUCCAAAGGCUUCAUCAUUUCCAAGUCUUCCUGACAUGUCACCAAAGAAAGUCUCUGCAGUGCAUAAUGUAUAUGUGUCUCCCCUGAGAUCAUCUAAGAGGGAUGCUUUGAUAUCACAUACCUCCAAAAGUUACUAUGCUUGUGUAGGAGAAAGUACGCAUGCAUACCAGAGCCCCUCAAAAGACUUGACUGCAAUUAACAAUCGCUUGAAUGGUAAUCGGAAGCUUCGGGGCGCACUGAAUUUUGAUGAUGUCGAUGUUGGCUUGGUUAGUGACUCUCUUGUGGCAAACAGUUUGUAUCUUCAGAAUGGGAAUGGUGUAUCAUCAUCUUGUCCACCGUUGAAAUCUGAGCAGCCUGAUUCAUAAUAGUAAAGAAGAACGUACUUAGUGUAAAUAUUGUUUUGUGUAUUGGUCUUUUGACUUAAUGAUGUUCUCUUCUCAAAUUUAAAGCAGUGAUAACAAAGGGGCAUUGUAUGUGCGGUGACGUCUAUAAUGGCCGCCACAGCCCCUACUGAUGCUUAUGCAUAAUGUUCUUUCUGAUUCUCUGGAGUUGUAUCUGGUUCCAUUCAAUCCAAUCUAGAUAUGCAAUCAUUUCGCUCAUUAUGUUCUUCUCAAGUUUGCUCCUUUUUCAUUAACUGCUCGUGAUUUAAAUUAAGAGCAAUGUGAUUGAAGACUCAUUUUGUAUUUGAUACUGUUUGGUAGUGAUCUGGUUAUGACGGAAGUUACUGUGUUGUGUGAUUUUCUGAUUGAAUUGAGACAUGAUUUAGCGGCAAACAGCUUAGCCUUUGUGACUGGAGUCCCUGAGUCGUUUCUCUAUCAGUAGUACGUUUGGAAUUCACCCCUAGUUAAAUCGUUUCUGUUUUUUCUUACCUUUUUCUCCAAAACAAAGAAUAUGAAAAGAGGGGGGAAAAAGAGAUAAAAAACUCUCAUUAAUAUUUGUGAUAGUUCUACAAUUGAACAUGAUACACUAUACUUAGGUCACAACCUGAAACUGUUUCUGUAGUACUCCCUCCGUCCCAUAAUUAUUGUCCAGUUUGGGUUUUCACUUUUAGUACAAUUUGAACUAAAAAUAAAAACUCAAACAGGACAAUAAUUAUGGGACGGAAGGAGUAUUUUGUUUACAAAUUGAAAAGAAGUUUUCGGUUCCCUCCUCAAAAGGGGAAUAUGCAAGCAAGCAGAGUUGAUAUAACGCUUCUGAAACCCAAGGAGCAAACUAUGCAAACUGAGUGGAUGGACCAAACAACACUGAAAACAAAGGCAGCAGGAGCUCAAAAUCAUUGAUGCAAAAGACCAAAACUCAAAACCAUGGCAAGCUGGACAAGUCGCUGGUGGUGGACGCGUCACUAGCCCCAUAACCAUAAUCGUAACCAAGAGAAGUAAAAGAUUGAUGCACAAAAUCACAACUUCCAGGUGACUCUGUGUUGAACCCUGAGUAAUUUGCUGUAGCAGAACUAAUGACAGGGUUGUCGUACGGAUCAACAGAUGGUGAUCCGCUGAAACUUGGGCGGCCACCCUCCGACAACUCAAGAAAACUCAUGCCAUUGAGAAUAUCACACCCCACAUCUGAAAGUAGGGGCGGCUCAUUUGAAGUCCCAAAAUAGGUUGAAGUAAUAUCAGGUGGCAGUGGAGGCAAUUCAGCAUUAUUGGUUUCUUUUUUCUUCAAGUUAGUGCUGGAGCCGUACAUGUUGAAGCUGCUGCUGUUCAUCAUCAUGGCAGUGGUAGCGUCAUAGCCAGCCGUAUCCUGUUGGUACAAGCUGCUCCUGUCUGCAGAAGUAUGGUGUGCGUGAUCGCGCUGGCCAUCAAAGAAUGAAAACUGGUGACUGUGGUCAUGAUAUAGCUGCUGUUGCUGUUGUGAAAAAGAAUCGGAAAAGUUUAGGAGCUGUCCGGUUUGAUUGUAAACAUUGUUAGGAAGAAUAUGAUGGUUGGCGUGGGAUUCUUCAUCAGGUGAGACGAUACAGGUAAGGGAUGAACCAGGAGGCAUGUCUGAGUAGACGAAAUUGGUGCGAGCCCUGGAUCCCCUCAUGGAGCGAGCUGCCCUGUCAUACGCCAAGGCAGCUUCCUCUGCAGUGUCAAAUGUCCCCAGCCAGUGCCUCUCUUUCGUCGUCGGGUCUCUUAUCUCAGCUGCAUAUCUGCCCCAUGGCCUUCUCCUCACUCCAAGAAACCUGUUGUUGUUUCCAUCUUGCUGUUGCUGCUGUUGCGGCUGAUUCUUCUUUUUUCCUUUCAAGGGAGAAGAACCUGCAGAAGCCUUAUUCAUAUUUCUAAUCUCAGUGAGUUAAUUUGCUGCGCAGAAUGAGGAGAGUUACAAAAAGGUGGCAGAAAUAUGCUAUGAAUUUGCGGCUUUGGAGUCAGGAAGAAUGAGUAAAAGUGAGAUUUUGUUUGGGACUAUAUAAAUGUAGAUAUAGAGUCAGCUAAAAGAGAAAGAAAGGAAUUCUGGUUGCAGGAAAUUAAGUUUGGCUUGUGCUUCUGAACUCUGAUUAAGAUUCUGUGUGGCAAUAUUGCAGAAAUGGUGGCAGAGGAGUUUAAAUAGAGGGAGGCAGAAUCCUGUAGGCUGCUAGCUUCUAAGAUACUGCGGGAGGGUGGUGGUGACACAGUGGGUGUUUGUCCAGUACUGCAUGCUUAUGCUUCUUCUCAUGAGUUUACUUGAAUUUUUUUUUUUCUUUUU